GAGCGGGGCCGGGCUCGGAGCGGGGCCGGGCCGGGAGCGGGGCCCGCGUUGGCCGCGCCGGGGCGCUGCGGCGGCGCGGAGGCGCUGCCGGCCCGUCCCGUCCCGAGCCGAGCGAACCCGGCCCGGCUCGGCCGCGGAAGGAGAACGUGAAGGAGGAGGAGAAGGAGGAGGAGGAGGAAAAGGAGGAGGCGGCGGCGGUGCUCCCCCUCCCUUCCCUCCCUCCCCGGCGGGACAAAGGGCUGCGGCGCGCAGGUAGGAGCCGGCCCGGCCUGGCCGCCCCGGCGGACGGGCCGCAGCGCCGGCGGCACCGGAGCUCGCUCCCCGCCCGGCCUCGCUCCCCGCCCGCCCCGGCUCUUCCUGGUUGCCCCGAGGAGCCCCGGGAGCCGCGGAGGGCGCGGCCGCCCGGCCGCCUUUGUCUGGGCCGCCCGGAGCCCCCCUGAGCGCCGCUGCCGCCGCAGGAGCCAUGGGCCGGGGGCCGCCGCGCUAGGAGCAUCCCGGGGCCGGCGGGGACGCGGCGCUGGACAUGGAGCCGGCGGCGCGGGCCAGCGGCGAUAUCCUGAGGCGGAACCCGCAGCAGGACUACGAGCUGAUCCAGCGGGUGGGGAGCGGCACCUACGGCGACGUGUACAAGGCUAGAAAUCUUCAUACAGGAGAACUGGCUGCUGUAAAAAUAAUCAAGUUAGAGCCUGGAGAUGACUUCUCACUGAUCCAGCAGGAGAUAUAUAUGGUUAAAGAAUGCAAACAUUGCAACAUAGUCGCCUAUUUUGGGAGUUAUCUCAGCCGUGAGAAGCUGUGGAUAUGCAUGGAAUACUGUGGUGGGGGAUCCCUCCAGGACAUUUACCACGUAACAGGACCUCUGUCAGAGCUGCAGAUUGCUUAUGUGUGCAGAGAAACUCUACAGGGUCUUGCUUAUUUACACAUGAAGGGCAAAAUGCACAGAGAUAUAAAGGGUGCAAACAUUCUCCUAACAGACCAUGGAGAUGUUAAACUGGCUGACUUUGGGGUAGCAGCAAAAAUAACAGCCACUAUUGCAAAGAGGAAAUCCUUUAUUGGCACCCCUUACUGGAUGGCCCCCGAGGUGGCGGCGGUGGAGAAGAACGGGGGGUACAACCAGCUGUGUGACAUCUGGGCCGUGGGCAUCACUGCCAUCGAGCUGGCAGAGCUGCAGCCACCCAUGUUCGACCUGCACCCCAUGAGGGCUCUGUUUUUAAUGUCAAAAAGUAAUUUUCAACCACCAAAGCUAAAGGAAAAAGCAAAAUGGUCAGCAACAUUCCAUAAUUUUGUGAAAAUAGCACUUACAAAAAAUCCAAAGAAGAGACCAACAGCAGACAGACUUCUUUCUCACAGCUUUGUGGGGCAGCCUGGUCUCUCCAGGUCUUUAGCAGUUGAGCUGUUGGACAAAGUCAACAACCCUGAGAACCACACCCACUACGGAGAAGUGGACGACGACGACUUUGAGCCUCACUCCGUCAUCCGCCACACCAUCCGCUCCACCAACAGGAACAUCCGGGCAGAGAGGACAGCGUCAGAGAUCAACUUUGAUAAGCUGCAGUUUGAGCCCCCUCUACGGAAAGAAACAGAAGCUCGGGAUGAAAUGGUUGUGGCAGCUGGCAGUGACUUUGCUUCACAUUGGAAUCCUUUUGUUGAUGGAAGCAACAAAUCAACACUAAAGAGAGCUGGGCCACCCCCACUGCCUCCCAAGCCGAGGAUGAACAAUUACCCCGAGGAGAACCUCCCUGAUGACAACAGAUGCCAGACAAUAAAACACUUCCCAGAGUCGCAGAGCAGAGCCCCAGCAGCCCACAGGAGACAGAGCAUCCCAGUCUGUGGGCCCCAGGCAGAUUCCUGCCCCAUGGGGAUGACCAGCAGCAUCAGCAGCCCUGGACUGCUCACAGCCAGAUACAGCGACCUGGGCAAUGGGAAUGGGAUGCUGAAACACAUCGAGGAGAAUGCAGAAGGACCUGGACAAAUCCCUCAGCUGCCACGGAAAAAGGAGAAGAGAGAUUUCCCUAAACCAGCAAUCAAUGGUUUGCCUCCCACUCCGAAGGUGCUGAUGGGAGCCUGUUUUUCCAAAGUCUUUGAUGGCUGUCCUUUGAAGAUUAAUUGUGCAACUUCAUGGAUACAUCCAGAUACUAAAGAUCAGUACAUCAUCUUUGGCACAGAAGAAGGGAUCUACACUCUGAAUCUGAAUGAACUUCACGAAGCAACCAUGGAGCAGUUAUUUCCUCGGAAGUGCACCUGGCUGUACGUUAUCAACAACACCUUAAUGUCCCUGUCAGGGAAAACAUUCCAGCUCUACUCCCAUAAUUUAAUAGCAUUGUUUGAACAAGCCAAAAAAACAGGAUUAGCUGCUCAUAUUCAAACCCACAGAUUUCCUGACAAAAUACUACCAAGGAAAUUUGCCUUAACAACCAAGAUCCCUGACACAAAAGGAUGCCACAAAUGCUGUAUAGUACGAAAUCCCUACACAGGCCACAAGUACCUGUGUGGUGCACUGCAGUCUGGAAUUGUUCUGCUCCAGUGGUAUGAGCCAAUGCAGAAAUUCAUGUUAAUUAAGCACUUUGACUUCCCGCUGCCCAGCCCCCUGCACGUGUUCGAGCUGCUGGUGAUCCCCGAGCAGGAGUACCCCAUGGUGUGCGUGGCCAUCUCCCGCGGCUGCCAGCCCGGCCAGGUGGUGCACUUCGAGACCAUCAACCUCAACUCGGCCUCCUCCUGGUUCACCGAGAUCGGCGCAGGCAAUCAGCAGUUGGAUGCCAUUCAUGUGACACAGCUGGAGAGAGACACUGUCCUGGUCUGCCUGGACAAAUUUGUGAAAAUAGUGAAUUUACAAGGGAAAUUGAAGUCAAGCAAGAAAUUGGCUUCUGAGCUGAGCUUUGAUUUCUGCAUCGAGUCAGUGGUGUGCCUUCAGGACAGCGUGCUGGCCUUCUGGAAGCACGGCAUGCAGGGCAAGAGCUUCAAGUCAGAUGAAGUGACCCAGGAGAUAUCUGAUGAAACCAGGGUUUUCCGCCUGCUGGGCUCAGACAGAGUGGUUGUGCUGGAGAGCAGGCCCACAGAAAACCCCACAGCUCACAGCAACCUCUACAUCCUGGCUGGACAUGAGAACAGCUACUGAGCAGCACCCUCCCCAAGCAGCAGAGGGAAUUGGCCACGCUGGGACCCAGGAGCUGCAGGGGACCAGGACUUGGCCGCUUCCCGUCUGACACCCGAGCUGUGUUGGGGUUUAGGGUGGAAUCAAUCCAUUUUUGCAGCUGGGAACAGCUGGUUCUGUCUCUUGCCACUGUGUGGUUGGUUAUGUCGAGUUUGCUUAAUAAAAGCUGAGAUAAAGAGCCCUUUACUCGUUAGUUCUAGGGAAACAGAGCCUUGAAACAUGUUCUGCAGUAAAGGUGCCAUAAACUGUUAAAUAUUUCCCUUCCCUUGGGUUUUCCUUUUAUUCUGUAGAUACAGAUCUAGUGCUGGCUGUUGCCCUGUUUUAUACUGAGUCUUAUUCUUAAUAAAACAAAGAUUUGUGUAGGAAGUGAAAGUAUCUGCAGAGCUUUUUGGUUUUAAAUCUGCCAUUGGGUAUGGCUUUGUAUAAUAGACUAUUUAAUCCUUAUUUAUUAAUCUGCUGCUAGGAUGGGGUAAUGUCUAACUUUUAGCAAAGGAAGGUUGCAGAGCAGCUUACUUUUUUUUUUUUUUUUUUUUUUACAAUUGUAUAAAGAUUUGAUUAUUCUUUUUCCUUGUAGGGAUGUAGUGCAUUACUGAGGGGUGUGUUACCGUGUUGGGUGAUCAUGUAAAAAAAAUGCAGUUUUGUACAACAAAGUAUUUUGUACUGAUUUUUCUGCCUGCAGAAUUGCCAUAAAAGGGAUUUUCUUACUUCCUAGACGUAGGGUGUGUGUACACAAAGUAGAAUAUUGAUAUCAGACUUGUUGCUCCUGGGUGGCUGUGUACAAUAUCCAUGUGUGUGUGCGUGUGCAUGUGUGUGAAGUUGCCUGGCAGUGUGUAUAUUUUAUAUAUAUAUUUAUACAUAUAUAUAUAAAAAUGUACAAAACAUAUAUGCUUUAUUUUCAUAAAUUAGGGAUAAGCCUUGUGACAUGAAGUGGAAAUUGUAGCAGGUCAUCAUCCUUAAUGAAUGAAAGUAUCAUGUAUCCAACUGCCCACGACGUGUGGUUUAUUUAUGCUGUUGCAGAGGGGAGCCUGGAGCCACAGCUGAGCCUGAGCUGCAUUGCAGCUGCUGUGCUUUGGGGAUGGCUGCUGCCCCAGCUGUGAGUAUAAAUAAACAUGAUAAGAACCAGUAUUCUGUAUCCAAGCUUUGAUCACUUCUUGGUCACCUGCAAUUUUUUUUUUCCUUUCUCUUUCUCCAUUGAAGAGUCGCAUCGGUUCCUUUUGUCUUCCUCAUUAAUUGAAAUUCUUGAGGUACCAUUAAAUAUAGACUGACUCCAGGAGAGCAUCUGGUUUUACUACCUCACAUUACCCUGCUGGCUUUGAUGUGAACACUCCUCGGGCAGGUGCAGAUUCCAGUGCUCAGAAACAUUGGAAUUGAAGGGGUUUUUAAUUAAAUGCCUGUUCAGCUCCUGAGAUCUGCUGCCUAGGAAGGAGAGGCUGGAAUUCCCAGGUCAUUUGAGCAGAGCAGGAAAGGGGUGUGAGAGCUGGGAGUGCUUUGGUGCUGUGUUGGCAUCCGUGAUCCAUAAUUUAACAGGGAGGGAAUUGUCUGGGCUCACGUGAUGGCUCAGGGAAGGUCCAGAGGGGGAAACAGCCCUGCACACAUUCAGCAUUAUAGCCACUGUCAUUCAAAACUAAUUCUUGCUGACUUGACAUCCAAAUCAAGUCAAGCUUUUCAGUUCUGACACUGUGUCAAAGCUUAAAAAGUACUAAGAGUACAGAUGAAAUUUAUAGAUCACAGAGCAUGAAAAAUGUGCUUUAGGGGUGGUCAGCUGGAAUUGGCUCAGCAAUAUUAAAAGCAGGACGUGUGAUUUUUGUCUUUUAAAGGAGUUCUCUAGUAUUGAAAUUACUUCUCCACAGGUAACAGCGACUGGUGAUUAACCUCAAAUGGUGCCUCUCCUGGUCUUUAAAACAAAAAUGAAGGUGAAGUGAAGCACCAGGUGUAGAUAUUGUAGAGCAAACACUUCUUAAUUUACCUCAUUCACUACAGAAGGUAAUUUCAGCUUCAUCUUUGAAAACACUUAAAGAGAUCUCUAAAAGACUAGAGAAACCUGUAAAUAAAAUCUGGAUAUUUAUGGGGAAUAACUGGAGUAAAUAACUCUUAGGUCAUGACACUGUCAUGCAGAAAUAACAAGCUGAAGGUAUUUUUCUUUGACACGAAUUGCUGAUGUUUUGCUGGAUCAUAAAGAAUAAACUUAGGAAAGUCCUUUUAAUCAAACCUUUUUUAGCUGUUGAAGCAUUUCUAAUGGCAUGUUGUGAAAUGCUUAGUGCUGGUUUCAUAGACAGUGGCAUUUUUGGCAUGAUCUGCAAGAUGCUGGUUCCUAGUGUAAAACCUCACUUUUGUUCCCUACCACAGAGCAGAUUUGUGUGUUCCAGCCAGCCUCAGUGACUCUGAUCAGUAUAAUUUGUGUUUGACUGUUUAAUUUAGUCUGGUAUUGUCUGUACCUUUGUUUUUGUGGAAUUCAAACCAGGCUUGAGAAAGCCUAACGGGGAGCUUGGGGGUGAUCAAGCAAAAGCUUGCUCAGCCCCUCCUUCCUCGCUCAACAUUUAUCAAAAUUUUAAUUAUUGGAUGCACGAGGUCAUGUACCCGACUUGAAAGCCUUAAAACAGGCUCCCAGAGCUCUUGGAAGUACAGACAGCAUGGGAAGAGCAGUCUGUGGAUUAAUCUCUUUGGAUUUCCUAACCAAAUUGCUUGCAAGUGAAAAAUACAGCUGGAAUUGUGCUGACAUCUCUGUAAAGAAGAAAGGUACAACUCAUCGGGGAGCCACGGUGUCUCUGGAUGGAAAGGACAAGACUGGGAGACUCUGAAAUGUGCUUUUUUUUACCUUGUUUAGUCGUUAGGUGUAACUGAGACUCAUAACUGCACUCGUUCAGUUUGUGUAACCAGGCUUUGUUCCACGGGAAUUUCUGUUGCAGUUCAGUCUAUGCCAAAUAAACUGCUUUAUUUGCUCUGUG